AUGCCUUUUUUAAAUUUUUAUACAGCUUUCUAAAACCAACUUCUCCAACAACAACGAUUUCCGUGCUCUUCUGCAGUCUCUGUAUGCUACUUUUAAGGAGUUCAAAAUGCAUGAGCAGAUUGAAAACGAAUACAUUAUUGGUUUGCUUCAGCAACGCAGCCAGACCAUUUAUAAUGUGCAUUCUGACAAUAAACUCUCUGAGAUGCUUAGCCUCUUUGAAAAGGGUUUGAAGAAUGUUAAGAAUGAAUAUGAGCAGUUAAAUUAUGCAAAACAGCUGAAAGAAAGAUUGGAGGCUUUUACAAGAGAUUUUCUUCCUCACAUGAAAGAGGAAGAGGAGGUUUUUCAGCCCAUGUUAAUGGAAUAUUUUACCUAUGAAGAGCUUAAGGAUAUUAAAAAGAAAGUGAUUGCACAGCACUGCUCUCAGAAGGACGCCGCAGAGCUCCUCAGAGGCCUCAGCCUGUGGAAUCAAGCUGAGGAGCGACAGAAGUUCUUUAAAUAUUCUGUGGAUGAAAAAUCAGAUACAGAAGCAGAAGUGUCAGAACAAUCCACAGGUAUAACCCAUCUUCCUCCUGAGGUAAUGCUGUCAAUUUUCAGUUAUCUUAAUCCUCAAGAAUUAUGUCGAUGCAGUCAAGUAAGCACUAAGUGGUCUCAGCUGGCAAAGACUGGAUCACUUUGGAAACAUCUUUACCCUGUUCAUUGGGCCAGAGGUGACUGGUACAGUGGUCCUGCAACUGAACUGGAUACUGAACCUGACGAGGAGUGGGUGAAAAAUAGGAAAGAUGAAAGUCGUGCUUUUCAGGAGUGGGAUGAAGAUGCGGACAUAGACGAAUCUGAAGAGUCUGCAGAGGAAUCGAUUGCUAUCAGCAUUGCACAGAUGGAAAAACGUUUACUCCAUGGCUUAAUUCAUAAUGUUCUACCGUAUGUUGGUACUUCCGUGAAAACUUUAGUAUUAGCAUACAGCUCUGCAGUUUCCAGCAAAAUGGUUAGGCAGAUUUUAGAGCUUUGUCCUAACCUGGAGCAUCUGGAUCUUACCCAAACUGACAUUUCAGAUUCUGCAUUUGACAGUUGGUCUUGGCUUGGUUGCUGCCAGAGUCUUCGGCAUCUUGAUCUAUCUGGAUGUGAAAAAAUCACAGAUGUGGCUCUAGAAAAGAUUUCUAGAGCUCUUGGAAUUCUGACAUCUCAUCAGAGUGGCCUUUUGAAAACUUCUACAGGCAAAAUUACUUCGACUACAUGGAAAAAUAAAGACAUUACCAUGCAGUCCACCAACCAGUAUGCUUGUUUGCACGAUUUGACCACCAAGGGCAUUGGAGAAGAAAUAGAUAAUGAACAUCCCUGGACUAAGCCUGUUUCUUCUGAAAGUUUCACUUCUCCAUAUGUGUGGAUGUUAGAUGCUGAAGAUUUGGCUGAUAUUGAAGAUGCUGUAGAGUGGAGACACAGAAAUGUUGAAAGUCUUUGUGUAAUGGAAACGGCAUCCAACUUUAGUUGUUCCUCUUCGGGUUGUUACAGCAAGGACAUUGUUGGACUAAGGACUAGCGUCUGCUGGCAGCAGCAUUGUGCUUCACCGGCCUUUGCGUAUUGUGGUCAUUCAUUUUGUUGCACAGGAACAGCUUUAAGAACUAUGUCAGCACUCCCAGAGUCUUCUGCAUUGUGUAGAAAAGCAUCAAGGACGAGAUUGCUUAGGGAAACAGACUUAAUUUACUCUGGGAGUGAAAAAUCUGAUCAAGAGACUGGACGUGUACUUUUGUUUCUCAGUCUGUCUGGAUGUUAUCAGAUCACAGACCAUGGUCUCAGGGUUUUGACUCUGGGAGGAGGGCUGCCUUACUUGGAGCACCUUAAUCUCUCUGGUUGUCUUACUGUAACUGGUGCAGGCCUGCAGGAUUUGGUUUCAGCAUGUCCUUCUCUAAAUGAUGAAUACUUUUACUACUGUGACAACAUUAACGGUUCAGUGUUACUUACUAAGGCUUCUAGGACAUAUUAAUGAAAAGUAAUCGGUCCUCAUGCUGACACCGCCAGCGGAUGCCAGAAUUUGCAGUGUGGUUUUCGAGCCUGCUGCCGCUCUGGCGAAUGACCCUUGACUUCUGACCUUUGUCUACUUCAUUUAGCUGAGCAGGCUUCCUUUCAUGCACUUUACUUAUAGCACAUUUCUUGUGUUAACCAUCCUUUUUUGAGUGUGACUUGUUUUGGCCCCAUUUCUUACGGCCUCAAAAAUCUUAAUUUACUGGUGAAUUGUACAGUGUUGUUUCUCUUGCAGAUCGUAUUUUUGUUUUAGAAAGGGACUAGAUCUUUUCAUAGGAUGAGAACAGUUUCAUCUGAUUUCUUUUAAAUUGAAUACUUUGGGGGAAAAAUGUCACUAAUGCCAUGCUAUUUAAAGUAUUUUUUAGAUUACUUUGAGUUUUGAAGUCAAUGGGGUUAUUGGUUCUCCUUAUAGGUAAACACUGUACCAAGCUUUGCAGAUCUUUUCAGACAUACAUUUCUGAAAUUUUAUUUUGGAAAGUGGUCUCUUUUCCAAAGUAUUUCCUUUAUUUGAACAAUUCUCAGAGGGCCAAUUCAGACAUACCUACAUAUGAUUCUUUAAGAUUAUAAAAUAAAUUGGCUUCUUGGUGUUAGCUCAGGGAGCUGGCACAGCACCAGUGCAUCUGCAUUUGCUUUUUUCAAAGACCCCUGGUUCCCACCACAGUCCCUAAAUUGUCACGUUUGGGAGGGGUUUUUAAAAGUUCCACAAUCAUUUGAAGAAAUGUAUAAAUAAAAUCUACUUUGAGGACUUACCAAGUAA